AGAAAAAAAACGAAACCAAACAUCCGGGUGCCUUCUCUGUCCUUUCAGUCCUUUCGUGACGCGCUUUUUUGCGAUCCUUUCGAAAGGCGCGCGCCCUUACCGUGCCCAAGAUGGACGUUCGAACGGUAAGCGACACGCUGGGUGGAGUUGAGCGAACGUUGGAGCGAAGCCUCCGGCAGCCGCAGCAGACCGGGGUUCGAGAUGAUCGCAGUAUCACCGCACCCGAAGCUCCAAGACAGAGCUACUUUGCGGCCAGUGCGGUCGGUUCCCAGCAGCGCCCAUCUGCUGCCCCUGGAGCACCCGUUCCUGCGCCAGUUCCCGUUCCGGUUCCACUUCCGGUUGGCGCGAUCAGAUCGCAACCGCCUCAGCAAAUCCGUUUCGCACCAGAGCCACGAUCCGACGUAAAGUUUGCUCCACCAGCGGCCCCACUUAAAGUCCCACUAGUGCGUCCCUUGGCCGCACCGAAUCCUGUAGCCCUUCCUGGACAGGGCAUUUUGCACCGACAACCCGUCGUCCUGCAACCGCCAUCGUUUGGGAUGGAUCCGGCAAGAGUUAGUCCUGGAGGUGGACCUGGUGGUCCGAUGAUGCGUCCACCCGGUCCCGUGGGUCCGCCAAGGUCAGGCACACCAACACAACCACAACCUCCCGGGCCUCGCCCAGGAGGUAUGUUUCAAGGACCGCACCAGCCACCAGGCGUCCCCAUGAUGAUGCGCCCACAGAUGGCACCCGGUGCUGGCAUACCUGGCAUGCAACCUGGCAUGCAACCUGGCAUGCAACCAAGACCUCCAUCAGCACCGGGAAUGCAACGACCGCCCAUGAUGGGUCAACCACCCCCUAUUCGUCCACCCAACCCAAUGGCUGGGCCACGACCCACAAUUUCACCGCAAAACUCGAGCCUUGGUGGGCCGAUUCAGGGUGUAGGACCUCGUCCACCCGCACCAAUGCAAGGACAGCCUCCUCAAGGACCUCGACCACCCUUUUUCAACCGUCCGAUGGGCGCGGGUGAUCCUAGCCGACCACCUUCGGGCGCAGAAAUGGCCGGUGGAGCGUUGAGUGGAGGUCCACCCUCUGCGACGGCUUCCAUCGAUGACGACGAAGAUGUGGUGAUCGGUCGGUUGCCACCGACGGACAGUCCUUCGGCCCUUAACAGCCCGAAUCCGGCACGAGGACCACCGCGCAAUUUCACCCUACCCGGGUCAUCUCCGGCGAACAUCGAGCGCGAGAAGUCGAUCCCUUCACGGCCACCUUCAGUCGCGGGUAACUACGGCAAGAUGGGCCCGACCGAUGGGGAUUUCGAAGGUCCUGCGGGACGACCGAUGCAUGCAUUGAAGGACUUCAUCAGCAAGGAUGGGACGCGCCUGCCCGGACAGUCUACGCCCGGAAGCCAGCAGUCACCGGUUCUAUCACCGGCCAAUACGGAUGAGAACUUCAGCUACCGGCCUGGAUCGAAACCACCGUCUGGUCAGCAGCAGUACAAGAUGGCUCCGGGACCUCCGGGAUCAGGGCAGCUGCCCGGUGGCCAAAGUCCGCUAGCUGGUGGUCGAGGAGACGCUGAUAAGGUCACGUUUCAGAUCCCGAACGGCAGAGAAGGCUCGCAGGAGUGGAACUCUAGGUCGAGGCCACCUCAGCAGCAUAUGCUCCGGCAGGGUCCAAAGCUCCCGAUGGCCGAUCACAAAGGUGACAACGAUAGCGGCGUUGACGAGUACACUCAGGAAAAGGAUCGUCCCAAUGCGCUAGCAUCGCCAGCGUCACCACUGAAGUCGCCGAGCAAGAUACCGGGACUAGCCAGAAGACCAGAGAACAUCUCAACCGAAGCUCGAUCGCGGAGCACCUCGAAGCAGCGCGCCAACGCGAAAACACCGGAAACGCCUUCCGAGCAGCCGCUAAUCAAAAAAGUUCCAAUGAACAAAAUACAGGUCGGUGGGACGCCAUCUCCUAAUCUGAAGGUAGUGAAGUCGAAGAUCGGAUCGCUGGAGAACGCCACUCACAAGCCGGGCGGUGGCAAUGUGAAGAUCGAGACCAAGAAGAUCGACAUUAAGGCGGCACCACGGAUUGAGGCGAAGAACGACGCCUACACGCCGAAGGGUGGCGAUAAAAAGAUUGUCAGCACAAAGCUGCAGUGGAACGCGAAACCGAAGAUUGGAUCGCUAGACAAUGCCGCUCACCGACCGGGUGGUGGCGAUAAGCGUAUCGAGUCGAUCAAGACCGACUUUAAGGAGCGAGCCAAACCCAAAAUUGGCUCGAAGGAUAACAUCACGUACAAGCCCGGUGGAGGUGACAUAAAGAUCGUACACCAGAAGCUGGACAUUAAAGCAGAGAGCAAGAUCGGCUCGCUGGACAACCUCAAGCACAAACCGGGCGGUGGAGACAAGAAGAUCUUCGACGACAAGGAGUAUCUGAAGAACAUCGAGCACCCAAUCACGCCGAGUCCUUCCACGCAGCGUUCCUCUUCUAUGCGUCGGAUGACGGCAAGUGUUUCCGGAGUAGAUCUGUGCCGUAGUAUCGAUUAUGAACCCGUCCGGGUUCCACCACUCAUGACGGCUUCCCUAACAGCGUCUCUCACCAUUCCGUCCGAAUGCAUCGUGUUAUCCGUGGCCGACGAACCAAGUCCUGAGCUUAAGGUGCAGAAGCUCGAACAGGCCCCGUGUUAUAUCCGCAAAGAUGGCCGAGCAAUACAUCCCAAACCGUUCCGCACGUAUUAG